AUCAAGCACCUAGGCAUGCAGACUGCUUCUACAAACAUUUGUGAAAGAAUGGGUUGCUCUCAGGAGCUCAGUGAAUUUAAGUGUGGUACCGUGAUAGGUUGCCACCUGUGCAAUAAGUUCAUCCGUGAAAUUUUCUCCCUACUAAAUAUUCCACGGUCAACUGUUAGUGGUAUUAUAACAAAGUGGAAGUAACUGGAAACAGCCGCAACUCAGCCACAAAGUGGUAGGCCACAUAAAAUGACAGAGCGGGGUCAGCGCAUGCUGAAGCACACAGUGCGCAGAAUUCGCCAAGUGUUUGUGGAGUCAAUAGCUAAAAACCUCCAAACUUCCCGUGGACUUCAGAUUAGCAGAGCAGUGCGUAGAGAACUGCAUGGAAUGGGUUUUCCAUGGCCUAGUAGCCGCAUCCAAGCCUUACAUCAUCAAGUACAAUGCAAAGUCGGAUGUAGUGGCAAAACGCAGUGGAGGAGAAUGGUACUUGUCCGACUGCAUUUUACCAAGUGUAAAGUU